AAAAUCCGCACAAAGACACAACAGAAGAAGAAUCACAAGUAUGGAAAUGUGACUGAGUGUGGAGGUGGACUAACCAGCUUUGCCUUCUCCAAACUCUUUGUGGCCUGGAGGAGGGGAAACCGGCUGUGAAAAGGGAGAACUUGUAACACACCCACGAGUUCAGUCAAAGAUUCCAGAGACCAGAAGACAUCAGGGCACAAACAGGGAACUCGUCCUAGAUUUAUGUAUGUUAACUGCUGGUUGGAUACCAUGUGUUACUGCAACUUAAAGAAACCACUGCUUAAAUAAAGAAUUCUACAACUUUCUCAUAAACUUUUUGUUAAACUUCCUCACCAGUGCCAAGACACAAUGACUAACAUGGAACUUGAAGGGAUGGCAGGUUGGGCAGAAGAGACUGAAGAACCUGAGAAAGAUCCUCCUCCUAAAACUUGUUGGGAAAAAUUUAACACCACAAUUUCAAACUGGAUGCUGCCACCUCGCCACAGAAUAACAUAUAUGGAGAGAGCAAACUGUUUACCGCCUCCUAUUUUUAUCAUUUCCAUCAGUAUCAUUGAGCUGGGGGUUUUCAUUUACUAUGCAGUAUGGAUGCCACAGAAACAAUGGAUCACACUGGAUACUGGUAUCACUAACAGUCCAUUCAUAUACCGACCAGAUAAGCGAGAGGAGGCAUGGCGCUUUGUAUCUUACAUGUUAGUCCAUGCAGGAGUACAACACAUUAUUGGGAACCUGUUUCUCCAGCUUUUUCUUGGAAUCCCACUAGAGAUGGUCCAUAAAGGACACCGUGUUGGAUUAGUUUACAUUGCAGGAGUCAUCGGAGGGUCUCUGGCAAGCUCCAUCUUUGAUCCACACCUUGGUCUGGUAGGAGCCUCUGGGGGAGUCUACGCCCUAAUUGGAGGUUACUUCAUGAAUGUCAUAGUGAAUUUCACAGACAUGGUGCCUUUGUUUGGAAUUUUUAGAAUAUUGGCCAUUCUUAUGAUAGUUGGGACUGAUGUUGGAUUUGCCCUCUACAGAAGAUAUAUCUCUAAAGUGUCCGGUUCAAAGGUCUCAUUUGUGGCUCACUUUGCAGGAGGGCUUGCAGGAAUGUCUAUAGGCUACGCAGUGUUCAGCUGCUUUGACAAAAAACUGAUAAAGGACCCAAGGUUCUGGAUCUGCAUUGCCGCAUACGUCGCUUUCCUGGUUUUUGCUGUAUUCUUCAAUAUAUUCUUGUCUCCGGUGUCCUAAUUCUUUUAAAAAACCAGAAUAUGUUUACUCCUCAACAUCUCAAAUCUGAGAACUUGAAGCUUCUGGGCCAACCUCCCACAUGCAAUUUAUAUUAUGGAUGUCUUAUCAUGUUGCAAAGGUGCCCACCCCUGUUCUUGACCCCAGAUAUCCCAAUAGUUAAACACAGUUUUGGAUAAUUCUCAGAAUAUGGACACAGAAAAGGGCGCCUAGUGGAGUCAUUUCUAACCAUCAUGCCACGGUUCAACUUGACCUGUAUGCUACUGCCUUACUUUUAAAAAUGUUUACAAGAUUCAGAAAAUCUAGUUUAUACCUCAGUGCCACAGGAAAAAACCCUUUCCUCACUUACUAAGUGUAUAUGUCAAAUUUCGGAAAGACUAUUGCCUGUGGUUGAACAGCCAUGAAGUGCCUUGAUAUGCGUAAUACUUGACCAAUUUAUCGUGCUUGAUGGAUCAUAUCAGAACUAUACAUGUUUUGUGCCUUUUUACUUGUAAUUUAAAUGUCAGGUGUACCUAAAGGUUUACUAUAUUUAUUGGUCGGUUAUGUUGUACAUAUAUACUCAUGUAUUAUCCCGUUUGUAGUGCCACCCUUCCUGACAUCUUAUAGCAUGUCUUUAAGCCAACUGUCAUCUGCCUGUUUUCUAUAUUCUUGGUGGCUCUUUUACUUUUACUCAUUGGGACUGAUUUAUUGAGUGGCAUGUGAUAUGCCUGUCUUAAUCAGCUGUUUUGCUGGCACACACCUCUUAAAAAUGUUGGCGCAUCUGGGAAGGUGUGUGUGCGUCAGAAACUGAAAACUAUACCAGCCAGAAGUUGGUGUAGAUCUUAGACGUAAUUAUAAACCUGCUUUCAGGUGUAAGUCGUGUUACGUUUCUCAUUACCUCCCACUCACACCCUGCCCACUUUUUAAAAACAUUUUGAAAGCAACAGAAAGUCUCAUAAUUUUUGCGCAUAUGAGCCUUGCAAAAAAAAAAUCCGCUAUUCUAUGCCAUAAAACCAGCAUAGCAACCUUGAUCACUUCCACGCUGUAUAUAUGAAGUUAAUGGUACAUGCGCUUUUAGUUUAUGGUUUCAAACUUCAAUAGAAGCUGGCUCUCUGACGAUUUCUUUAUUACAAUAGGGACUGUUUGGGGUCUUCUCUGUCCCUUCCAAGUCACUUUAAUUACCGUAAAUUAAAAUAAAUGGUAUAUGAGCAUAUUCUGCUAACCCCAGAAAUAUUUAAAUAUACACAGAUGUUUAAUAGUAAGGGCAUGUUCACACAGUGGAUUCUCUAUGUUAUUUUGACAUAUAUUCUGCAUGGAAAACCAUGUGUAUUCCAUCUUCUAUUUUCUCUCAAUGGGAAAUCUGCAUUGCGGCUGCUAAAUCCAUCGGUGGAUCCACCCCACGUAAACUGUAAUAUUAGCGAUAUUGCCCAUAGACAAGAGCGGUGCUGCUAAUGACAGUUUACACAUUUAAAGGGUCCCUGUCAUCAGACAAAUCUGUAAAUGUAGCUGGCUGACAUUAGCGAUGUGCUAAUGUCAGCAGAACAUAACUGUAUGACUUAUA